UGUGCUUAAGCUGUUUAUUUUUGUUAAUUGCUUUAUUUAAGUGACUAGUGGUUGAUUCUAGAUUUUUGAUCAAUUUUAUUACUGUCGAAACUGAUGAUCCUAAAGUAGCAACUUAUUCUUGGCCUCGGAAGAAGAAGAUAACUAAUUUAUGCUUUUCCUUUUCCUUCUUUUUUUUUCAUAGAUUUCUCUAACCUUAAAAUAAUAAUGAUAAUUUAAUGAGUGACUAAAACAUGGGUUAGGUUUUGUAUUGAUGACUGACUUAAAACUUUCCUUUUUAUGGUUUCAAAUUAAAACUGAAAUUGUUUAUUUGUCAUUUUCUAUUUUAUUUUAUUAAUAUUUGUGGCAAGUUUCUUCUUAUUUUCGUCAAGCCGCGGGUCUUUAGUCUUUCGUAUUUUGGGUCUUGAUAAGGCCUGAGGGAAAAUUUCUUUUUAUGAUUUCGGGUGUUUAUUUUUCAUUCAUUUUCAUUUUUUUAAAGUUUAAUUAAUCACUGCUGGUGUGUGCUUUUCUUUUCUGUAAGAAUUGUGUUUGGAAAGCCUGCAAAUGCAAAAGUUCAGUUCAGUUGGAGACAAUUCUCAUAUCUGGGGAGGAUCAUAGUUGCUCGAAUUCAACUCUUUCAACUUGAAAAAAAAAAAAAACAAAGAGAAAGGCAUUUGGAAGUGAUCACCAAUGAAUCUUGUUGAACAGAAUUUAGAUUGCUAUCACUGGUUGACUGCUUGCUGUACCCAGUAUGCUCGAUACAACUUGGUGAAGCUGAGGGACAAGAGUGACAUCUACUCUUUAGUAUUUGAGAAGUGAUAUAUCAAGGUGGUAGUCUCAUUCUGAGAUUCUAUGCUUUCAUUAUUUCCUAUUGGGUUGGUGGACUUAGAUGGAUGUUUCCUCAACAGAGCAACAUUCUGAAAGUCUAACUGACACCUGCCCAUUAUUAAUGGAGCAAUCCAAUAGCAUUAACAGUAGCGAGCACAUUAUUGACAUACCACGGAGCAGUGAUAGCUCACCAUCAACAUCUCAUGACAGAACUACCAGUGGUUUGGAAGCCUCAUCAAAUGAAGACAGGCCUACAACUAGUGUGAGAACACCGUCCAUUUCUCAUCUUUCAACUGGUACCUCUAAUGGAUCAAAUACUCGUAACUCAUCUCUCAUAAGGAGAGGUGAAGCUCGCCGACGCAGGAGUCCAUUGAACUCUGGUUUAUGGAUUUCAGUUGAAUUGGUUCUUACAGUUAGUCAGAUUAUUGCAUCUAUUGUUGUUUUGUCUUUAUCAAGGCAUGAGCAUCCUCGGGCACCAUUAUUUGCAUGGAUCGUUGGUUAUGCAUCUGGAUGUGUUGCUACCCUUCCUCUUCUCUAUUGGCGCUAUCGACAUCGUAACCAGGUUACGGAGCAAGAAGCAGCUCAACCUCGUCAGAGUUCACAUUUUAGUGUUCCUGGAGAUUCCAUUUCUAUUUCAAUCACCAGGAACUCAGAAGUAGUAGAUCGCCGAUCAUCUUCUACUUCAUCUAGAGGUGGUCAAAAUUCUGGAGCCCUGAAUGCAAGACUGAAGACUCUGGUUGAAUACUUCAAAAUGGCUUUGGAUUGCUUUUUUGCAGUUUGGUUUGUUGUUGGCAACGUAUGGAUCUUUGGAGGGCAUUCAUCUGCUACUGAGGCUCCAAACAUGUACAGGUUAUGUAUAGUGUUUCUGACCUUUAGCUGUAUUGGGUAUGCUAUGCCCUUCAUUCUAUGUGCAACGAUCUGCUGUUGCUUGCCUUGUAUAAUAUCUCUUCUUGGGUUUAGAGAGGAUCUGGGGCAGACCAGAGGAGCCACCUCUGAAUCAAUUGAUGCCUUGCCAACAUACAAGUUUAAGUUGAAUAAACAUAGAACUGGUGAUGAUAGAGAUAGUAACUCAGGUGCUGGUGAUGGUGGAGUUGUGGCUGCAGGAACAGAACAUGAACGUUUUAUCUCUGGAGAAGAUGCGGUUUGCUGCAUUUGUUUGGCGAAAUAUGCAAAUAAUGACGAAUUGAGGGAGCUACCAUGUUCCCAUUUUUUCCACAAAGACUGUGUGGAUAAGUGGCUGAAGAUUAAUGCUUCCUGUCCUCUUUGCAAGACUGAGGUCGGCGAAAGUGUUAUGGGUUCACUCACUGCAACAAAUACUGGUCAGCGGCAAGUUGAGAGUAGGGUGGGCAAUGGCUUGGCAAGCACCAUGUUUUGAUUUCAUCAUUAGAUUAGAGUAAUGUUAUAUAUACAUAAUACCAAUUUAACAUUCUGUAAAGUGCUAUUGUUUUUCUCCACAGAUCACAUGGAUUGAGAAAUUUCUGUAUGAUUUUGUGCGAUACCUUCUUUUUCAAUCUGCCUUUUUACUUGCCAAAUCAAACUUCUGUGAGCAGAUAUAAAUGUAGGAGCGCCGUUUUCUUUAUAUGUUAACUUUCUUAUUUUCUGUUUCCUUUUCGAUUCUGAAGGAUACGGUGCAGGUGGACCUGAAUAGGUACUGUCCGGUCAAAGAAUGUGCUGAUUUCAGCUCUCAAGCAAUGGAUGACUGGAUGUUGUUGCCUCGAAAGUUACUGUCUCAAUGGGCAAAGGGGUGAGAGAAGGAUGCUGUCAAUGAGAGAUGGAGAUGGUUGCUAAAUCCAAUCUUUGGUUAGAGACUUAUUUAGCCAGAUUGGCUCUCCUUCUGUGUCUGCUCUCCUUUGUUGAUUGCUGUGCAGGCAAUACCAGAAAUCUCUGUAAAAUCUAGUUUACAAUCUUUGCUUUAUGAUCUUGUGCUGAAAAGUAAAAGCAUGGCCUUGUGCAUGGAGGACCUUAGCAGCCAAAACGAUUGUGUCAAUCCCUGAUAUGCGAUAAUAUGAAGAAGAUUGAUCGAGGGCAAUCUCAUUUUCAUCUCAUCUUAAA